UGUGAGGGUGUGAGGUUUCGUUGCUAAGUUAAUUAUGUAAAUGUUCAGAUUAUCAUGGCGGCAACAAAUAGUUCAUUAUUAACAUUGUUUGUAUUGUCUACAUAAAGAAGAUUUGUGUAAAUAAUGUGUCAAUAAUUCGUGUGACAAUUUUAAUAAAUUGGCAAAAUUGUGAAGUGGAAUCUUUAUCGAUUGGUGGUAAUUACUGACAGCACACAAUGUUAUCAGCGAAUGUACAGUCAUAUGGUGAGAUUGACGCUUUAAAAAUGCCGGACACCAUCGGCAAUUUUUCCCGCAACGCGAUGGCAGAGUCGAAUGACACUGUAGAAACGUCUGUAACGAAGUCUGCGAGCCGGAAGAAGAAAAUUUAUGCUGCGGUAUUUCUAAGCACUGUCGCAAGUCUUUCAGCUUUUGCUGGAUUUGCCAAGGCAGUAGCGAUAACCAGGAAACGGGAUCCAAAACAUUUUGGUGAUGGAAUAGCUGGUGUAAAAGGAGUUCAUGAAAAUGGAGCCUUAUUAGCUAUAAGAGCCCUUGGCUGGGGCACAUUUUAUGCUAUUACAGGCUGCAGUCUAUUUUUCUAUGGAAUCUGGAAAAUCUCUGGAGCAACUAAUGCAGAGGAAUUCAGAAUCAAGAUGGGUUCUUUGCUACCAAAAAUACCUAAAAAUAAUCCACCCAAGAGCAGAACAGAGUUUGAGGGCUUGACAGAUCUAUUGACAUAUAUUUCUGAAGAGUGGGGGAAAAAGAAUAAGUGAUCACGAGUAUGCGUGAUAUCUUCUUCUGAACUUGUCAUUGUAUUCAAUAACACGGUUUGCGUAAUCACGAUCGUACGAUUGAAUGUCACAAGAUUGGGUCACGCACAGAUUGCAUGCACAAAUAGUAAUAUGAAUAGCAAAUGUUGAAGGUCAUGUGAAAUAGGUUUUGUGAAACCGUAAAGACAACUAAUUGCUGAAAGUUGUGGGGAAAUAAAUUCUAUAUAUUUAUUGUACUUAAUUAGAUUUAUCUAAUAAAAAUUACAAAGCGUCAUUUUUUCUCGUUUUGUAGAAUAAUAACGCACGACAUUCAUUAAUUUGUGUAAAUCAAAAAAUCUUUGCUUUAAUAUCUUGAUACUA